GUCCGUGCUUCCGGGGCGGGGCCAGCGGGCGGGGCGCGCGCUCACCCGGCCUGUGUGGAGCUCGGAGGCUGCAGACGCGGCGGUGGCGGCGGCGGCGGCACGGCAGACAGCGGCCCCGGGAGCGGCAACAUGAGCGGGUCACAGAAUGAUGACAAAAGGCAAUUCCUGCUGGAGCGACUGCUGGACGCAGUGAAGCAGUGCCAGAUCCGCUUUGGAGGGAGAAAGGAGAUCGCUUCGGACUCUGACAGCAGGGUGACCUGUCUGUGUGCCCAGUUUGAAGCCGUCCUUCAGCAUGGCAUGAAGAGGAGCCGAGGAUUAGCGCUCACAGCAGCAGCCAUCAAGCAGGCGGCGGGCUUUGCCAGCAAAACUGAGACAGAGCCUGUGUUCUGGUUCUACGUGAAGGAGGUCCUCAACAAGCACGAACUGCAACGCUUCUACUCCCUGCACCACAUCACUGCGGAUGUGGGCCGAGGCCGGGCCUGGCUGCGCUGUGCCCUCAACGAGCACUCCUUGGAGCGCUACCUGCACAUGCUCCUGGCUGACCGCACCAGGCUCAGGUCUGAACUCCAUACUCUUUGCAAUUAA